AUGGCUUUCGAACUUCUGGCCCGGCUCUACCGGUCAUGUCUAUUCCAGAUUAUCAUUGUCGGAUUGGUCGCCUUCUGUGAACCUGGUAUCUGGACCGCUCUCAAUAAUCUUGGAGCUGGGGGCAAUGCUAAGCCGUACCUGAACAAUGCGGCCAAUGCCUUGACGUAUGGACUCAUGUCGGUGGGCUGUUUCCUUGCCGGUGGCAUCACGAAUAAGAUCACUGCCAAAUGGACCUUGUGCAUCGGUGCCGCAUUUUACACUCCCUACGCGGCUGGUCUGUACUGCAACAAUCGGUAUGGCAACGAGUGGUUCCUCUUGCUUGGAGCUGCUCUUUGUGGAAUUGGAGCGUCUCUUCUAUGGGCUAGUGAGGCUGCUAUUGCAGUUGGAUAUCCGGAAGAGGAGAAAAGAGGUCGCUAUGUUGCAAUCUGGAUGAGUAUCCGGCAGAUGGGACCGCUUGUUGGCGGUGCGAUAUCUCUCGCUCUCAAUGUCAACGCUGCGCAUGUUGGCAAGGUCACCUACACAACGUACCUAGGGCUUGUUGCCAUUUCGUCCCUCGGAGCUCCAUUUGCGUUGCUGUUGUCACAGCCGCAGGAUGUUAUCAGAAGCAAUGGCACCAAGAUCCCUUAUAUGAAAAUAACAAGUCUCUCUGUCGAGGCUCGUGCGAUCUGGAAGCAACUUCGCAAUAAGUAUAUGCUGCUCCUCAUCCCGGUCUUCCUCGCGGGUUAUUUCACCGUCCGCUCCAGAGCCCUUGCAUCUUUCCUGACAGCCGUGGUCGGCGCCGCCGCCAACAUAACGACGGGCCUGUUCCUAGAUCUGAAGUUUUUGUCUCGAAGAGCCCGAUCUCAAAUUGUGUACAUCGUCGUCGUUCUCUUUGUCACAGGGUCUUGGACCUGGAAUGCCACCGUCGAGACGAAACUCUCCCGCAUGGCUGAACCACCCGCCUUCGACUUGGGUGAUGGUCCCUUCUUCAACUCGGCUUUCACCGUCUAUAUUUUCUUCCGAUUUUUCUAUGAGGGGCUGCAGACAUACAUAUAUUGGUUGAUGGCCGAGAUCAAGGGGGCGCAGGGAGAUGGCGAUAUCGCCAGAACAACCGGCAUUUUGAGAUCGUGGGAGUCUAUUGGCAGCACGAUUGCCUAUGCAGUCGGUGCAACACACUGGGCUAACUUGAAUCAGAUGGCGCUGGGCUUUGCAUUAUGGGGUGCUACGAUCCCAUUCACAUUUCUCGCGGUAUUUGGCAACUGGAACGUAGCUGAGACGCCCGGGGUGGAACAGGAACAAUUAGACAGUAGUAGCUUGGAGGCACGGAGAGUGGUGGUCAUCAACUCAGAUGGGAAGGGCUAG